ACUGUAUCUGUGGACCGCCCUGUGACCACAUCGCAAGUUGUCUGUACCAGAAGUAGCAGGACGCUCCGGCUACGAGAGUGUCGGUACAGACUGGGUGGGUCAGUACAUCGCCCACAUGGAGUGGGAGCCACAUGGCACUGAGCGAAGAGGAGGUGCAACUGGCCUGAGUUACUCAGUGGGUACACACACCGAGGACAAGUUCUGCUGUGGAGAUGGUGGCGGCCCCUUCCCCCCAGAGCAGUCCCGGAUCCAGGCAGCGAAUACCACCCGGGAGAGGCGGCAAAGCCCAACCAGCUGGUGAGGCUCAAAUCUUGGGACAGGGGCAGUGGCAGCACGCCGUCCCUACUCUGAUAACGGGGAAUCCGUCAGAACUGCAGAUGCUGGCAGAGAUGGAAGAACUAGCUCAUCAGUGUCCGUACGAUGAGAACGGACACACUCUCGUGCACUGGGCAGCCCUCACCGCUUCCGUCUCGCUACUCAGGUACAUGGUCGAUUUGAGGUUCCCUGUGAAUCUGCCCAGCCGCUCUGAACUGGAGCAGCGACCGAUUCACUGGGCUGCGGUCAAAGGACACGUCACUGUCACGGAGAUCUUGCUGCAAGCUGGCGUUUCAGUGGAUGAGAGGGAUCAGAGUGGGUGCACUCCUUUAAUAAUAGCUUCACAAUAUGGACACAUUGCCCUCUGUUGCUACCUAGUGGGGAAAGGAGCCAGUCUGCGGGCAUGUGACAGCGAAGGUGACAAUGCAUUGCACUGGGCUGCAUUUAAAGGACAUUGUGAGUUAACUCGUUUGCUGAUAUAUUCUGGCUUCAAUCCCAGACAACCGGAUGACUUUGGUCAGACACCAUUGCAUCUAGCUGUCCUUAGUGGAGAUCUCCUCACAGUCCAGAUGCUCUGUGAGCAGUGUGCAGUAGAACUAGAAACUGAAGAUAAAAGUGGAAACACACCUUUAAAACUUGCAAGAGAAUGCCAGUAUAAGGAUAUAAUAACACAUUUAGAAAAUACUAUCUAUCAAGCAAGGAAUGUGAUUCCAAGAUUUGACUGGAGUUCUUUGGUCUUUGGCCCACCUGGAAAAUCUAAAGGACCGAUUCUUUUUUUUUAUGGCUGUUUGCUGUUAUGGGGCUAUCCCACUUAUUUUACACAGAUUGUCUCGAUCUCCUUCAAUAGGCUAAUGGCCUGCCAUAUCGCCUUCUUGGUCGGCAAUGUACUGAUGUGGUAUCUAUUUCUAAAAGCUUCCCUGAUGGAUCCUGGUUUCCUUCAAAGAGACAGUGAAGAAUACAUUCGUGCUCUUAGGCAGGCAGUUUAUUCUGAUGAAUGGACACAGGGAAAGAAUCCUCUGAACAGACUUUGCCAUACUUGUCACCUUGUGAAGCCGCUUCGGUCUAAGCAUUGUCAUGUAACUAACCGCUGUGUAAGGUGCUUCGACCAUUACUGCCCUUACAUCUAUAAUGACGUAGGCUACAGAAACCGGAUUUAUUUUAUGGGCUUCUUCGCCACAAUGUGCCUUAAUAGUGUGAUGGGAGUCUACUUUGCUUGGGACUGGUUUAACGAGAUGGGUCGUAGCAUAUUCAUUGGAAUCGGCGUCAUCUUCCUGUCUGUUAUUGCAUUUGCUUCAGCAAUAAUGACCUGCAUAUAUUUCUACACAGCUACAGUUAAUAUAACAAUAAAUGAACGCAUGAACCAGAAGAGAUACAGUUAUCUUUAUGAUGAAAAAGGGCGCUUCCGUAACCUGUUCAACAGGGGCAUUAAACUGAACUUGAUGGAGUUCUUUCACCUUAUUGACCCACUGAAGGAGCAUGAAUUUAACACACUGAAUGAGUUGUGUAACAUCUGAGUACAUUGUAGAAUUUGUGCCAUUGGAUCAGAUUUUCAUUCAUCAAAGUAGAAGCACAAAUAUCAUUUUUACUUUUUUAAAACAUCAUCCCAAUAAUUUCAGGAAAAUAUAAAGAUGUAUUAUUGUAAUACAACAAACCUGCUAAUUUUGGAAGAGAAUCAAAGAUUGAGUUUGGGAGAACAGUAAUGGAUCUAGGUGCUUCUCCUGCUUUUGGGCUAUUUAUUUCUAACUUCCCUCUCCCACCUUUAACCCUCCCUCUUUCAUCCUUCAGAAUUGGGUAUAGGGGUCAAAAUAUUUCCCCUCUGCAUGUCCCCUCGUGGGCUCUUUUUUGAUUUUCAGGGACAUAUUUCUUUUUCACUAACCCAUUUAUUACAGUCACAUAGUAACAGCAUCAUUGUGUUUAAAUGAAAGUAAAAUAUUGAGGAUACUGUAAAUCUGAAACAAAAAUGGAAAUUGCUGGAGAAACUCAGCAGUCCGAGCAGCAUCUGUGGAGACAGAAACAAAGUAAAUGUUUUAACUUUGAUCUGUCUCUUCUUCAAAAUUUCUGUAUUUAUAUCGCCGAACAGGUUUCUUGGACUCACACAGAAGAAGAAAUAGAACAUUUACAUCAAUAUCUUCAAUAAUUUCUAAACUUUCACUAAAAUUAAAGCCACAACACAGAAAGAGAUUAUUAAUUUCUUGCCCGUAUGUAAACUGGCAACAGAUAACAGGAAUAGUUUAAUAAGAAACAUAUCUUUUUGAAAAUUAAUUGACACUUCUACACUCUAAAAGCCAUCAAUCUAAACCCACUUACCACGCACUAUGGAGGUCACAGUUCAUGUCACAAAUGCACAAAACUGGAAGAUCUCAACUAGGCAGUUAACUCCUUUCUCAAUUACUUUUAAAACUAAAAAUUAAAAAAUGACGGGUUCAUUACAACAAUAACCAGUACACCCCCAUUACCAUAUGGUAGUCCCAAAACAAAUACAGCCUUAAGCUUUAAAUUCCACAUUCAUUUGCAAACAAGUCACUCAGUGAUUUUUUCAGUUUUCAUUGUUCCUAGUUAGAUGAGGAUUUUUUUUGGGUCAGGUUUAAAACUGUUCAUGAUAUUUACAGUCUCUCUCUCCACGCACACGCACGCAUGCACACACACACACACACACUCUCACUCUUAGUAAGCUGUCUCCUCCCUCUGCCCAUUCCUUUUCAGAAUCUCUCCAUUUCCUCUCCUCUAAUUGCCUCUGUGUUUCUUCUUCCCCACCUUGCAGCCUCCUCAUCUCCCUCUCUCUCUCUCUCUCUCUUUCUCUCUCUCUUUAUCU